GAAGAAUACACAGCAUUGACAGAAGUCGUCGGACCGCACCAGGUUCCGCGGAAAAGUUAGCCAGUAUUUAAUCCAUUAAUUGGUUGAUAAGCAUCUUUAAACUCUGUGUACUCUGCGGUCGAGUAAUCAUGGUGGAGCUUCAACAAAACGGCGAGGCAGCUCAGCCUGCGGCGAAGAUCGAGCAGCAAUUGAACGCAUACGUCGAAAAGUAUGUCGCAGAAAACCAGGGCUCGCUGCAAGUCAACAAGACAGCCUCAGGGUCGCUACCUGGAGGAACGACCAGAUCCGUCCUGCAUUACCUGCCUUUCCCAUUAGCUUUCUCCGGAGGCCACGACUGCCACCUGACAUCCGUGGACGGCAUCGAGUACCUCGACUUCGUGUCCGAGUAUUGCGCCGGGAUGUUUGGUCACUCUCACCCAAACAUCAUCGCUGCGAUCAACAGCGUUACCAAGUCGGGAUUCACUCUUGGCGGGCCGAGUCCCAAGGAGGGCGAAUUGGCAGCCCUACUCGUUGAGAGGUUCCAGAGUGUCGACGCCAUCAGAUUUUGCAACUCUGGAACUGAAGCGAACACCAUGGCGAUCGGUACGGCGUUGCAUUUCAUCGGAAGAAAGAAGGUCUUGGUCUUUGAAGACGGUUAUCACGGCGGCACUUUAGCUUUCACGCCCAACAACCCGCUGAUUCUUCCCCACGAUUUCGCGUACGGCCGGUACAACGACAUUGAGUACACCCGUUCGCAAAUCACCGACGACAUUGGCAUCAUCAUCGUGGAGCCUAUGCAAGGCGCAGCGGGAAUGCUUGAAGGGUCAAAAGAGUUCCUCCAGUUCCUCCGAGACGAAGCCACGCGCAUCGGCGCCAUUCUCAUCUUUGACGAGGUCAUCACCUCGCGACUCAACUACGGCGGCCUGCAAGAGAUCUACGGCAUCACGCCGGACAUGACCACCAUCGGCAAGCACUUUGGCGGAGGCUUCUCGUUUGGCGCGUUCGGCGGGCGUAAGGACAUCAUGGACCUGUACGACCCGCAGGGGCCGCGGAGUCUCUUCCAUUCGGGAACAUGGAACAACAACGUCUUUUCCAUGACAGCGGGCGUUGCGGCUACCAAGCUUUUGUCGAGGGAGGCGCUUGAGAGGAACAAUAAGCUGGGGAACAAGCUUCGCGAUGAGUUGCGUGAGGUAUUCGGAUCCAAAGAUGCGUCCAUUGUCAAGCUGACUGGUUUCGGGAGUGCCAUUGGCUUGCACUUCCAGGGUCCUUCAGCAGGCAAGUUGCAGGACCUCUUUUUCUUUUACCUCCUCAGCAAGAGGAUAUAUGUUGGACGACGUGGGUUCCUUGCCUUGAAUCUGACCCAUGGGGAGGAGCAUAUCAAACGCGUUCUGGAUGCGGUCAAGGAAUUCUGCGCGGACAUGUUGUGAUUAAUGUCUGUAAGCUUAGACCUCUGGUCGUAUGCUGUCAGCUCAUAGACAAUGUCAAAAAAGAUGAUCUCAACCCCCCCCCCCUUCUUGAUUCAAUUGCCCCAAUUUCUGAAGUCAUCGUCGUUAACUUCAUUCACUCUUCUCAACACCGAGAUUAUGGCCUAGGCUUUAACUCGAUCGUCACCAUCAUAUCCAAGAUCCUUCCUUGGCAUCGCCAACCUCGUCAUGAUGCUCAGAAAGGAAGGUUGAUAACGCGACAUUGACUUUUGCUUGGCGCCCCAAGAGUAACGUGGUAUUAAUGGCAAUUCCAACCUUUAUCCGCAUCAGACCCAGCACUCGAAUGCCCCCUUGACCCCUGUUUAUCGGCGCAGAUCAGCCUAUCGCGCGGGGUAAACAACACCAACACCAGCGCGGUGGUUUGAG